CCCUAGUAGCUGUGUCCAUCUAGGCACGGCACGAUCGCGUACCAGUCUCGCCUUCUAGUGACACAAAGCUAGCUAGCUAGUUAAUCAGUCUCGUCGAGUGAUAGAUCGACUAGAUGGCUCAGGCAAGCAAGCGGAGUGCGAUGCAGCAGCCGCAGCUCCGGCCGGUGAUGUACGGCGACGAGCCUUCCUCCAUGUCCCUCGAGCUCUUCGGCUACCACGGCGGCGUCGUCGUGGACGGCGACGAGGGCGAGGGCGGCUCUGCCGCGGCGGCGCUCUCGCUGCAGCUCGCCUUCGACGACGACAGCUUCAAGCACGGCGCCGCCUCGGCCGGCGGCGACUACUACAGCAGCUGGGCCGGGUACGGCGGCUCGGGCGCCAGCUCCAGCUCCAGCUCGUCGGUGCUCAGCUUCGAGCAGGCCGGCAGCGGCGGGCACCACCACCACCUGGGCGAUGAUGGGUGCGCGCUGUGGAUGGAUGUGGCCGCCGCGGGCAUGGUCGAGCAUCCGCCGCCGCAUCAGCACGGAUCCGCCUGCAGGUUCGGGCUCGUGAGCCCAGGCAGCUCGGCUGAUGAUGAUGCCGGUGGCCUGCACAUCCAGGGACUGGGCUCCGACCAGCCGCCGGCCAAGGCCACGAACAAGCGCGCAAGACCGGAUGGUGAAGUGCAAGCAGCUGCCGCGGCGAAGAAGCAGUGCGGCGGCGGCAGGAAGAGCAAGGCCAAGGCUGCUCCUGCUCCUACCAAGGACCCUCAAAGCGUAGCUGCAAAGGUUCGAAGAGAGAGGAUUGCUGAGAAGCUCAAAGUCCUGCAAGAUCUCGUGCCUAAUGGCACCAAGGUGGAUUUGGUCACCAUGCUUGAGAAGGCAAUCACCUAUGUCAAGUUCCUCCAGCUGCAAGUAAAGGUGUUGGCUGCCGAUGAGUUCUGGCCUGCACAAGGAGGGAAGGCACCGGAUCUCUCUCAAGUGAAGGACGCCUUGGACGCCAUCCUGUCGUCCCAGCAGUACCCUCACAAAUGAGGCCAUGCACUCGUGUUUUAGUUUCUUCUAGAAGGCUAAGAUGGUGAAGAUGUUAGGAGAUGUUUUAGUUUCUUCUAGAAGGCUAAGAUCGUGAGGAUGUUAGGAGAUCUACGCAUGUAUCGCGCGCUGACGAAGAAGAACAAGGCAAAGUAGUAGCUAGAGCACAAACAAGCUCUGAAAAAUGGAAUGGUUGAGAUAUCUCUGGAGUCUAGCGUUUUGGA